AUGGCGGAAGAAAGUAUUAGAGCUUUAUAUCAAUCUGCUGAAAGCCAAAGGGAGAAGCUUGGAACAUCAUGGGGAACUAACGACGAGCUCCAGGAUGAUUUAGCUAUCGCAAUCUCUUCAUACGAGGAAUGUCUUAAGCUUGCAAAUAGUAUUCCACUGUUUAGCUCUAACGAAACUCUAGAUGACAUAACGACAGGUGAUCUCCCAUAUCUACUAAUUAACAACCGGCUUGCUGAGUUGAUAAAUCGAAUCCCUUACAAAGAUCGUAAAUCUAUCAUUAAACAAGCAAAGAAUACCUACGAAAGAUAUCUUUUACUCCUGUAUCAAUGUGAAAUACUCUCCCCUGAGCACAGGAAGCUGUAUGAGUUAUACGUUCAAGACCCCGAUACUUUCUCAACAAUUUCCACAAAUGAUCCUAAUUUACGGCGGGACGCAAAAAUAGCCGGCUUCAAACUUGAAAAAGAUUUGAAGAAAAAAUUAGAGUCACUCUCCCGAAAUCCUAUUCACUUCGAAGAUGAGGAAGACUCUGCACGUGAACUAUACCUAACUGAGAUAUCUCUUUGCACACAUAAUACUUUUCAGGCCUUGGAAUCGUUAAAUCUCGAAUUGAAAGUUUUAGCAAUGGCGCCGCCAAUCCCUCCCAACGCAAUGGAUUCGUUAGAUCGGGACUAUAGAGAGAGAAUGGGAUUAAAACAUAACAAUGAAGAUUACUCCGAACGACUCGACCUUGAUUUAGUAUCAACUGCAAACUCUGCGCCUAUACUCAGCUCAAGCGGUAAGCCGUUGAGGCCUUUUACAUUACUAAGCAAUCGAAAGACACUCAGGAAAGACGUUUUUAAACCUGGACAUAACUUACCUACCAUGACAAUUGAUGAAUACUUGGAAGAAGAAAGGGCCCGUGGUGGUAUAAUUGAGGGAGGGGGUGAAGCAAGCGGUAUCAGGCCAGAGCCAGAUGAAGAUAAUUACGAUAAAGUGGACGAAGAAACUAUGAAGGCUCGUGAGUGGGAUGAAUUUACAGAGGAAAAUCACAGGGGAUCUGGGAAUACCUUGAACAAAGGUUAA